AUGACAGCCUUGUUAGAGGCCAAGAAGUUGCUUCAAAGUGUGCAACCCAAUGAUUUGCUUCGAAUCAUUCUCGACAAUCCCAAUGGAUGGUAUUUUGCCGGAGGGCAAGUAACCGGAAGAGUUGUUAUACGAACCAAAGAGGCCGUCAAAUCAAAUGGAGUUCAUAUUCAUUUCAAAGGAGCGGCCAAGGCUAGUUGGGGAACCACGGAGACUGUUGGAGAGUGAGUUCGGGAAUUCCAAAAAAUCCGUCAUCAUGACGGAUUUUAAGUUGAUUUAUUGAGGAGUUUUAAACUGAAAACGAAAUCUACUGGCAAUGAAGAGGCUAUUAAAAAAUUUUCAAAGUGUAGAUACCAUUUUUCGGGAGAAUUCGUCAUGAUGACGUAUUUUUUGAAAUUUUGAAAAACCGUCAUAAAAUCACGGUAACGGCUGUUGUCAUCUAGAAGAAGACUGUUUAGAGCAAUUUACAAUCGUUUUCCUUAGCAAAUUUUCAAUUUCAGAGGCCACAGACAAAUGAAAAGGCAAGUCCGCCGUAAUGGAGAGAUUAUGUACGCGAACGAAGAGCUAUGUGUAUGGAAACCCCAAAGUUCCGACAAACAUUUACCGCUAAAUGAGACGAUAUUUCCUUUCAAUUUUGUGAUUCCAUUGAAUGCCCCGCCGACUUUUGAAGGUAAUGUGGCAAUUUACAUUAUUUCAAGUCGUCUAUGAUAAACCCUUGAAAAUUUUUAAAUGAAUUUCAAAAAAAUGUAAUCAAAAAUUUUUCAGGGACCCACGGUCAUAUCAGGUACACUCUGAAAGCGGUCAUCGAUCGCCCUUGGUUUCUGGAUUGCAAACAGCAGAUCGGAUUUACAGUAUUGCCCUACAUUGAUCUCAAACUUUUUCCCUCGAGCACUGAGCCGGUAAAAGCCGAAGCUCAGAAGGCGUUUACGGCCUUAUUAGGACGUACCGGCCAUGUCAAGGCGAUUGUUGCGACGAAUAAAAGGGGCUAUGUGCCUGGAGAAAAGAUCGAACUGAAUGUGCAGAUUCUGAAUGUAACUGAAAAGAAGGUCAAUGCAAUUGAAUGUCAGGUAAGCAGGGGGUUCCAAUGGUUUUAGGGGCUUUUAUUUAUUUCGAAAAAAAUCUUAAAAUUUCAGUUGAUCCAGCACGCCCAUUACACCGGGACUUCCAUCUCCGAUUACAAGGGGAAUCCCUUGAGUUUGUCGCAAGUCGGCGGAGUCAGUCAAGUCACGUCGACGGAGACAAUCAUUGGAAAUGCUCGACACGACUUUGAGCAUUCGAUGAAAGGGAAUUUCACUUACAAACAUCUCGUCCCAAUCCCACCAGUUGUGCCGUCUUUCAACAAUUGCCCCAUUAUCAACGUUAACUACUCUUUAAAGGUAUGGAAGGCUAAUUCAUCGGUCUUUUACCUCAUUAUAGUUACCCAAGGAUACCAAAAAAUGCCCAGGAAUAAUGCUCAAAGGGCAAAGCUCAGAGUUGGGCAAAAUUUGACGCAAGUUAGAUUAGGACUUUCAAAAUAGUAUACGAGAUUUUUAAAUUGCAUUAUGCAGAAAUAAGCGAGAUUUUUAGAUUGAAAACUAGCGAAAAUUUAGACUUUUUUGCGCGCAGAAGAUAGUGAAAAUCUCGGCUGUUCUUUCAAAGAGCGAUCUAAAAAUUUCUGGAAUUGACAUGUGAUCUAAGCCCAGUUUGUGUCGAAAGUUUAAAAAAUGGCAAUUUUUGGCCAAAAUGUCAUCAAACAAAAGUUUUUCAAUCUUUUUUUCAGGUAUUUAUUGUCAUCAAAAAUCAAGACCCGAUAGCUCUUCAACUUUCCAUCAUCAUCGGAACAAUUCCCACCCAACCUGAGACCCUGGAGGCGUCUCUUCCACCUCCACAACUUGCCUACAACCCCAUUCCCCCGCCGAUUCCAGAACAGCCGUCUUCCAGUAACGAAGUCGAGAUCAAUCCUAAUGGAUUAUAUCCAAUUCUUCCCACAGCGCCGCCUCCAGACUACGAUGCCGCCCAACUUUGUGUAGCCGACUCCAGCGUCAAUGUGAAGCGAUUUUCGACGGCCACGGAUUCAUCGGAGCCACCGCCGGAAUAUCAGCCAAAGUACCCGUUUUAUAUGGAUUUUCAUUGA